GAUCACUCUGGCAGGAUAUAGCAGGGGACCUCUUUGUGUCUUGGCCCUUGUUUUCGCUUCAAGACGCAAUUCACGACCUCUUCUAUCGUAAACAAGACUUGACGACGAAUCAUGAGCAACGUUGGCCAGCAGUACAUAAACGCUCCAGCGAUUCCUGAACUUCGGGAUGGCGGUGAGCUGCUCAGCCCUGUGGACGAAGAGUACGGAAAGGCCCAGUUGGAGACGGACGGUGAACAGGCAAGCGGCGAGGUCGACAAGGACAGCGUUCCCGUCGGUGUCGCUGUGAUCCCUUCCCGCCCUUCCAUUGUCUACACGUCUUUCAGCGCCUACUUCCAGAGCGUCCGGGUACGCUUCAAAGGACUCUGGACGAGGCGGUUCGUCCUCUCCCUCCUGGCAGGGCAGCUCGUUAGCCUGUGCAUCACCUGCACGAGCGUGUGCACCACGGAGCUCGGCCUGCGCGGAUGGGCAUUGCCUACGACGCAGACGUUCUUUUUGUAUUUUAUCCUGUUUUUGAUCUACACACCGUACACUGUGUAUCGCUAUGGCUUCAAGGGAUGGGCAACAAUGAUUCUCAAAGAUGGGUACAAAUAUAUCUUCCUUGCAGCUUGUGAUGUCGAAGGAAACUACACUGUCGUUUUGGCUUACGAAUACACGACCCUUCUUUCCUGCAUGCUGCUCGACGCUUGGGCUAUCCCAGUCUGCAUCGGCCUCUCUUGGCUGUACAUGCGCACCCGGCUGCACUGGUCGCAGUAUGUUGGUGUGCUCGUCUGCAUUGCUGGCCUGGGCUUGCUGGUGACCUCAGACGAAAUCACGGACAAAGACUGGCAAUCAUCGGAUAUGGUCCGGGGCGAUAUCCUCAUGAUCAUUGGUGCUACUCUUUACGGUGUUUCCAAUGCUACCGAGGAGCUCUUUGUCCGCAACCGGCCCCUUUACGAAGUUGUUGGACAGAUGGGCUUCUGGGGUGUGAUCAUCAACGGAUGCCAGGCCGCCGGACUAGAGCACAAGCUGAUGACCGAAGUUACCUGGAACGGACCUGUCAUUGGUCUACUUUUUGCGUAUACUGCCGCGAUGCUAAUCCUGUACACUGUGGCGCCGCUACUGUAUCGCAUGACGUCCGCGGCAUACUACAAUUUGUCGCUCUUGACCAGUGACUUUUACGGGCUUCUCUUCGGGUUGUUCCUCUACCAUUACGCACCGUUCUGGUUGUACUUCCCUGCGUUUGCCGUGGUUAUCUUGGGCUUGAUUAUCUACUACUGGCACCAGAAGCCAGAGGAUCAGGCAAAGGUCAACAUCCGCACGCCUGAUUAUGUGACGCUGCGGGGUUUUGGCGUCAACAAUACUGUCGAAGCCGUUUAAAGUAUCCUCGAUCUUUAAAUGAUCGUGAUGGAUCGGGCAAGGGACCCCUCCGUGCUUCUUUUUACAUAUCUAGUGUCGAUGAGCGGGGUGGAGGGGAUACAUCACACAGGGAUUCAUGUUUCGGCCAAAAGAGUUGACAUGAUGUAUCGUGCGAAAGAAAUAGCGUCGGCCCUUGGAUUUGUUUGCGAUUUGUGCGACUAUGUAGCGGAGCAUGUGGUCGCAACGGCAAGGGAUUCUUUGGAAGGGGUACGAUGUAACACUUGAUCGAAGGGGUGACUGAG